GAUAUUAUAGAGUUAAGACUGAUAAUUUGGUUAAUAAUGAAGAUUCUCUCUCAGAUUCUGAUGAUAAUUUAGAAUUUAAACUUCUACCACUAACUGAAACAUCUGUUCCUAAUACUCCUUUUAUUACAGAAGAUAAGACUCUUAUUUUUAGAUUUUUCUAUAUCACUGAAAUAGUAGAUACUAUUUUCCCUUCAGAUUCAGAUAGUGAAUAUGAUUCAGCUGAACAUAUUAUAUUUGAUCAAUUAAAUCACCUUUCUCACCAAUACUAUUACAGCUAUCUAUAA